CAAAAGCACCUUUUUUUGUAUUUGCAGAAGAAAUGUCGAGAAGGUUCGGAAAGAGAAAGGAAGAAAAUGAGUACGCUUCUGAAGGCGACAAUCCUCCUAAGAAAUCUUCCAGAACCGAUGAUUCUGACGAUGAAGAUGGCAUCGUCGUCUGUGAGAUUUCUAAGAAUCGAAGAGUAUCAGUUAGGAGCUUUGGAGGCAAGAUAAUUGUAGAUAUUCGGGAGUUUUAUGUUAAGGAUGGCAAGCAAAUGCCCGGCAGAAAAGGCAUCUCAUUGAGCAUGGAUCAGUGGAAUGUACUCAGAGAUCAUGCAGAUGAAAUUGAUAAAGCUGUCGCUGAGAACAGUUAAAUGUUGGAAACCGCUAUCAUGUAGUUGGUGUAUAAUGUUAUUUUGGAAUUGGAACUAGGAGAUGUUUUUCCUUGGUAAUGUUGUAGAUUAGAUUAUGGAUAAAACAAGCUCUGUUUAAACAUGUAGUACAGUUUGGUGUGUCCUAUAUGCAUGUACUCUUUUCCCGA